UUCGAUUGUCUCACCCGGAAGCCGGUGAGCGGACGUGGGUGGCGCAACCGCAGUCGGACGGUUAGAGGCGCCCGGGCCGUGGACUGUGGCGAUGGAGGCGGCGGCGGAGGAUCCGCGCUACCCGCGCUCGUCCAUCGAGGAUGACUUCAACUACGGCAGCAACGUGGCCUCGGCCAGUGUGCACAUCCGCAUGGCUUUUCUACGAAAAGUGUAUAGUAUUCUUUCAGUUCAAGUUCUUUUGACCACAGUGACAUCUGCAAUAUUUCUGUACUCUACUCCAGUUCAGAUAUUUGUGAAUGAAAGCCCUGCUUUGCUUUUGGUGUCUGUGCUUGGAUCUUUGGUUGUAAUUAUAGCAUUAACCCUGUACAGACAUCAGCAUCCUGUUAAUUUAUACCUGCUCUUUGGAUUCACCCUUUUGGAAGCGUUGACUGUUGCUAUUACAGUGUCACUUUAUGAUGUAUCAGUUGUCUUACAAGCUUUUAUUCUGACGACUGCUGUGUUUCUUGGACUGACUAUGUAUACUUUGCAGUCCAAGAGAGAUUUCAGCAAAUUUGGAGCUGGGCUGUUUGCUUGCUUGUGGAUUUUGAUCCUCUCCAGUAUCUUGAGGUUGUUUUUCUAUAGUGAGACAAUAGAGCUGUUGUUUGCUGCUGUGGGAGCGCUGCUGUUCUGUGGAUUUAUCAUCUAUGACACUCAUUUGCUGAUGCACCGACUGUCCCCUGAAGAGUAUAUAUUGGCUGCCAUCAAUCUCUACUUAGAUAUCAUCAAUCUGUUCCUACAUUUGCUGCGCCUUCUAGAAGCAUUAAAUAAAAAAUAAUUCUAAGUUGUCCAUAAUGAAACACCAUCAUAAAUAGUAAAAUUUGAUGUAUAGAAGGUUGUGUCUAAAUAGAGUUGGUUUUGAUGAUGUACAAACUACAUUAUAUUUUUUUAGAAUAAAUCAUACUAUUUUCCACUGCAUGGUUCCUGACACUUUUUCUUGAAAAUAAAAUAGUUUUAUGUAACUGAUGUAUUUCUGUUCAAAAUACAUAUUUUUACUUUAAUUGCAAGAUGCAGUCAUUUGUUACUUUUGUAAAAGGCUUCCUUUUUCCCAAAGUAGCUUUUGAUGAAAACGCUUGUCACCUUCUGAUAGCUCUAAUAUGUACUGUCAGAAAAUCCAAUCAUUUUAUUUCUGCUAUCCUAUAAUUUUGCAGAUGAUUAAUCUGUCUGGAUAGUAUAACAUUGUCUCUUCAUUUUGUUGUUGUAUAGUGAUGUUUUACAUUAGUUAAAAUUCUAUAAUUCUAAAAACUUAUAUUAAUAGGAUCUUGAUUUAACAGACUUGGAAUUAUUAACCAGUAUAAUGUAACUACACUUCUUUGAAAUGAUUUUAAUCUACUUUGAUUUAGAGCUAUGUGAUUAUUUUAUUAGCAAGGAAAAGUAUAUAAAGAACAAUGCAAAGCGCUAGUGCUCAAUUAUGUAUUAUCUUUCAUCUGUUGAUUAACAUUAAUGCCAUUAAAAGAGGGAAUGUAGUUUGUGUAUAAAAAUGUUGAAUCAGUAUUGAAUAAUAAAUGUGUAUGCAGUAUAAUUGGAAAAAUCUUAAUCCUAAAAUGUGUUCAUCUAGCUGUAUGGAUUUGAGAGCUCCAAAGAUUAGAGCGAACUAUACAUGUAAACUAUUGCUUAGCAGCAACAUUUGUUACUUGGAAGACCUUGAUUCUGGUAUGAAUGUGGAUUCUAUUUUCUAGAAAUGUUGGAAAUACCAGUGAGGACAAAAUAAAGGGAAGCAAAGUGAAACUUAUUUUUCGCAAUAAAGAACUGGAAUAGUUUAAGAUCAGGUAUGGUUUUGGGUUACUGAGAUGUUGGUAAAGGAAGACUAUAAAUGAAUGUGCUACCUGUUUGUACUUUGAACUGUAUGAAGAAAUAUAAUAAAUUUUAAAUGCUGGGUAAUAUGGACAGA